CUCACCUUCGGACCACGGACCACCCAUGCCACUCAUCUGUUGACUCCUUCCCCCUUUGACUCUUAUUCUCUGGCAUACACAAUGCAUAUGCAUCUGCAAACUCUACUUUUUGUGUUCGGAUGUGUCUUGUGUUGCUCUACUCCUGUCUAUCAACCUUACCGUCGUCUUGCAUCUUACCAGAUUGACCACAAAAAAAAAAUCAUGUCAAAAAAAAUCGUACCAGCGCAUCCCAAUCGUGCAUGAUACUAACUAGUCAUCUUUCUUUUAUUCUUUUUCUUUUUCUUUUUCUCUUUCCCUUUUCCUUCUCUUCCUUCCUUCCCUUCUAUCUCCAUUAUCUAUUCAUUCUUCCCUCUAUUCUCAUCUUCCCCUCGCCCCCUUUCCUCCCUUCUCUCUUUUUAUUUGAUCUUAUCUACUCGAUCACAAUCGAUACAAACAAUACCAGUCAUUUAUUAUUCUUUCUUUGCUUCCCACACCCACCGAUCCUGACGCUCGUUCAUGGACUAUUGUCUGUCCAAUCCUCACCACCAAGAACUUGAUCUUU